UUACCUUCACCGUAUUUUUUCUGGACAUUAAGGGCAAUUCACCUUCCGCCCAGAAGACGGAGGUGGACCGUUCAAUAAUUAGGAAAUGUAAAAAGAAAACAACUUUACAAACUUUAAAAUCUGAUGACUCAGUGAGCACAGAGCAGAAACUGAUAGAACUGAAAUGGUUUUUCUUUUGUUUAUUUUUUUGUUUCAGAGUGAAGCACUUGGACAAAAACGCCUGCCGCUUUAAUCUAAUCUAAUGUAAAGAAGUACUCUUAAAUCAGUGAUUCGUAACCUUUUUGAUUUGUGACUCGCGGGAAACAUUUCAGUGUUUGCCACAGUUUAUGAGUAGAUGACGGUGCCUAAAGGUGCCUAAAAAGGUGAAAGUGUUCAAUAUUUCACAAAAAAGAAAAGGAAAACACAACAUAAAUGUUUUCUUUCUCAUACCUUCAAUCAUCUUGUUGUUUGUGAAUCACUGCUUUAAAUGACCAAUGUGAUAUUUUUAAAAGGCUCUUACUCCGAUCAUGCAGCACCUACUCUUCUUACAUUUUUGUUCUAAAUGGUUUUUGAGAGACUUCUUCUGCACAAAAAUCCCUGAAGUUUCAGGAAGAUGUCAAGCUGAUGAGGUUCUCUCUCUCGAGGUUUUCCACGAGGACAGCAUCAUCUCCGGGUACCGACACCCCCGCAGCUCAGCCACCGACUGCAUCCUGAGCCUCUUCCAGCUGACCAAUGAGACGCUCAACAUAUGGACCCACUUCCUGCCCACCUGGUACUUCCUGUGGAAACUGGUGACGGUGGUGUUGAUUCAAACAGCAUGGCAGGACUCCUUCACCUGGCCUCUGGUCAUCUUCCUGCUCUCCUGCUGCAUUUACCCGCUGGCGUCGAGCUGUGCUCACACCUUCAGCUCCAUGUCGGCGAGGGCUCGCCACAUCUGCUUCUUCUUUGACUAUGCUGCCCUCAGCUUCUACAGCCUGGGGUCAGCAAUCAGUUAUUCAGCCUACAUUUUCCCAGACAAGUGGGUGAACAGCCUCUUCCACCAGUGCUACAUCCCCAUCGCCGUGCUCAACACUGUCAUCUGCACCAGUGUGGCCUGUUACUCCAGGCUUGGCUUACCAUUUCUGCAAUACAAUCAUGGCAUCGUAAAGAGAUUCCCUGAAUGCCAGAGUCCAAAGUUCAGCAAAUAUCUCCGUGUCCUUGCCUUCGCCUACCCGUACCUGUUUGACAACAUUCCUCUGUUCUAUAGGGUGCUCCUGUGUGACGGGGAAGGCUGCACAAACAAUGAUACCAACACCCUUCACUACUACCACAUCGCCUUGGCUUUCCUCACAGCCUUUUUGUUUGCCACACAUUUACCUGAGCGUCUGGCACCUGGCAGCUUUGAUUACAUAGGUCACAGCCAUCAACUCUUCCAUGUGUGCGGUAUCCUCGGCACCCACUUUCAGAUGAAGGCCAUUGAACAGGACAUGGCGACACGGCGCCGCUGGCUCCUUGAGCACUCCACACCCAUCACCUUUGCCAACACGAUGGGUGCAGCGCUGUUUUGUGUGGUGGUGAAUUUUAUCAUCAUCAUCCUCUUCAGUCUGCCUCUCCUCUCUGCCCCAGUUUGCCAAGAAAAGAAACACGGUAAAGGUCCAAAGACAGCCUCAGCCAGGGUCUGCCCCUGCUCCUAAACCUCUGGUUUCAUCAGCCACGGCUGACGGCUCCCAGCUGGACACGAGACGUGUAUAAAGUGUGCAUUAUGGGUGAUAUUGUAAGGAACACUCGUAAUUAUGAUGAGCUGGAGCAAUGUUUCAGUGAAUCAUAUAACUUAUAUGAAUAUGCACUAAACUCAUGGUGGUAUUUGACCUUUAGACAUCACUGUGAUAUCUGCUGUGAGAUGUGUGAGUGCUGAAAAUAAGGGCAUAAGUUGCACAAACAUACGAUGGAAAUUUAACAAAAUGUUUGUUACCAUAAUAUGUGAUGAAUCAAAAUGUUUCUGAGGGAACUUGCAAAACUGCAAAAAAGCUACAAAUGUAGCAGUUAGCUACAUUACGAAGCUGCGCUUUUUAUCUAUAUGAAAAUAUUUUUUGGUCAAUUCUCUGAUUCCCACACAUGUGGGGUAUGAAGAGACUAUAGAGAACAAAAACCGUGUGAACUUUAAAAUGAUGAUUUUGCUUGCAAUUUGAAACUGCAGUGCUACAUACAGACAUGUUACCUUUUCAGUGCUUGUGCUUGUACGCAGCCAGUUGAAUUGCUUAUGCUUAGUAAUGGCAGUGUGGCUGCACAUCACUCAGACCUCAGUGGAGACAAAAAGCUAUGACAAAGGGAAAAUGUUUCCUCCAAGGUAGAGAGUUCAGUUGCUAAUGUAAACUAAAAAAUAUUCCGUUAAUGUUUUCAGAGGUGUUUAUUUCCUUUGAAUGACUGCUGUUUCUGUUCCUGUGUGACAUGUCACAUUGUUCCAUUGAGGCAUGAGUGAGAGCAUUUAUGUUCAAUGUUAUUUAUUAUAAUUUUUCAAAUAAAAUAUCAAGCAAG